CCCGGAUAAAGUAACCCGCCUUGACGCGACGGCCACACACCACCCGCCGCUGACAAACAUGCCGCCGCCGUCUUGCCGGCUUCUCCCUCCCGUCUCGACGCCUCCUCCGCUCUCCAAGCCGCGGCUUCUCCUCCACGACUGGAAAGCCCACAACCCGAGGCAGGCCCAGGCCCGGCCCGUUUCUCCCGCCAGGUCCGCUCAGCUCGACGGCGCCCUCUCCGCCGGCUUCGUCCGUCUCCUCAACGCCGGUCAGGAGGACGCCGACAGCGGUGGCGAGUAUUACGAGCCGAAGUCGGGGGAGUACGCCGUCGGGGUCGUUGUAUCCGGCACCGAGGCCCGACUCGACGUCGCCGUCGGCGCCGACCGCCUCGCCACGCUCCUCUCCAAGGAGCUGCUCCCGCUUUGCCGCUCCGAGCUCCCCAACGGAGGUUCUCAAGCAGUUCCGCCUCGGCUGGGGAGCGUGGGCAUCGUGGCGGCCUCUGCCGUGGAUGGGGAUGAUCCGAAUAAGAAGCACGGGGCCAGGACGCUGGUGGCGCCCGGCACCGUGGUGUUCGCGGAGGUGCUCGGGCGCACUCUGAGCGGGCGGCCGCUCCUGUCGGCGAGGCGACUCUUCCGACGCCUCGCGUGGCACCGGGCCAGCCAGGUACAGAUUAUGCAACUUGACGAGCCAAUUGAGGUUAAAAUUUACGAGUGGAACACCGGUGGACUUCUUACAAGAAUUGAGGGACUGAGAGCUUUCCUUCCAAAAUUUGAGCUUGUGGACAGGAUAAAUACAUUUACAGACUUGAAAAACAAUGUUGGUCGCAGCGUACGUGUGUGCGUUAUAAGGCUAGACAAGGAAACUAAUGACUUCAUAAUUAGUGAGAAGAAAGCAUGGAUGGAAAGCUGUCCCUCAUUGGGAAUAGCCCCGUUUCCACCCUACUGCAUACUCAAUGCCCGCAUCAAUUGCCAGUGUGAAUCAGUUGUAUGCCUUUUCAUAUUCCUUACUAUAAAUCAGGAAAUGACAUAUCUUAAAGAAGGAACUCUUCUACAAGGGAAUGUACGCAAGAUUUUUCCAUAUGGCGCACAAGUUAGGAUAACUGGGACCAACAGAAGUGGAUUACUGCAUAUCUCCAACAUUAGCCAAGGACGUGUCCUGUCAGUAAGUGAUGUCCUAAAAAUAGACGACGAGGUGAAAGUUCUGGUGAUCAAGUCGAAUGCUUCUGACAAAAUUGCACUCAGCAUAGCAGAGCUUGAGAGUGCUCCUGGUUUAUUUCUCUCUGACAAAGUGAAGGUGUUUUCGGAAGCCGAGGGAAUGGCGAAGAGAUAUCAGGAGCAGCUUCCAGUUGUCUCUCAGAACAGUAAAUUAGAUUAUGACCUUCCAGGGGGAACUAUUCCAUUUGAUAACGAAGCUACACUAUAUGCAAACUGGAAAUGGUUCAAAUUUCUGAGGCAUACCAAACCUGGCGACAAAAAUUAUGUGACAUAGUUGCAGCUACUGCACAUUUCACCCACUGGAUAUUAUGAGGAGAAUUUUUAUCCUGUUGAAGAAUAUUACAUAUCGUAAGAACUUAAGUCUGAACAUAUCAAUCCAGACCUUCAUUUGAUGACUUGAUGUAAAAGCAGAUUAACGGUUCUUGCUGUGCACACACCACUUUACAUAACUAACCAACGAUUUUAGAGUUCUCUGAGCAGGAACAGGCAGCUUUGACCGAUGACGACAACAAAAAAACCUCAGAUGGUUGGCGCCAAAGAGAUUUUUUUUUCAUGGCCAGUUGCAUUGAUGGCAAAUUGCAAUGUACUGAAUGCAAAAUAGGAUCCCUGGUUGCAUUGCUCCUAGCUCCCAGAAGAAAGAAAGAAAACAUAUUUGGUUUUCUCUAUUCGAAGAAUCUAGCAUUAUUACUUUGGGAUAACAAAUCAGCCACGCGAAACAGUAAAAUUGGCCCAUGGAUCUUGGUCGUCCCUUUCUUUUUGUUUCUUGCUUUGUGCUUUCUUUUUCGGUUUUUGCUUUGUUUCUUUAUUUCGCCGCUUGGCUGCUGUAACUUCUGCCUUUUUGGCACCUCUUCUAAUAAAAAUGAUGCUCAGUUAA